GUGUGUGAGUGUAUGUGUGUGUGUGUAUGUGUGUGUGUGUGUGUGUGUGUGUGUGUGUGUGUUUUCUACCUCUCUCUCGUCCUGUCUCGUUCUGCAGCAUUUGUGCGUCUGCAGGAGUCGAGCUGCACAACUCCAGCUACACACCACUGUCACACAGGUGCUGGUCCAGUCAUGGCGUCCAAACUCAUCGUGCUGCUGCUGGCGCUGGCCGUCGCCUCGGUAACCGUGCUGGCCCAGAGGCGGCGUCCGGCGACAACCAAGACCGAGGAGUGGAACUACCGGGACGGCUCUGAGAGGGUGAACAUGCGCGGCGUGGCGAACCUGACUCAGGUUCUGGACAACUGGAGGUUCGACAUGCUGAGCCAGAUGAGAGGACUCCUGCAGAACGACCACCAGUCGCUGCUGCCCGACUACGCCAGGAUCCAGCCGCUGUCGGAGGCUUUGGACGACCUCUACAAAGAGUUCAACGCCCUCAAGGCUCACCUGGGCGACCUGACCGAGAAGUUCACCGCCAUCGAGACUUUCAUCGACGAGGUCAAAGCCGGGGGCCACGCCGCGGGCCCGGCCCCUGCUCCUGCUCCUGUCCCCAGACAGGCCACCAGGAGGGUGAUGAAGAAGAAGGCCUCCUCCUCCUCCUAACCAGCCGAUGACCAGCUUCUUCUCAUGUCCUGUUUGCUUCUUCUCACUCUUCUGACUCUCCGAAUCUAAUUCCUCGUUUGAAUUCAUUAUCAUUGCGUCGUGUGAGACCUGAACUCCUCAGCUUCACGUAGAACUGUAAAGGGAUAAUUGGAAAUUAGCCAUGAAAUUUGAUAAGUCAUCAGGAAUUAUGUGUCUGAAUAACCAAACCAACUGUUUUGAGCUGAACGCUGAGACGUUGGACGCUGAAAUAAAACAGUAAGUGUCGUGAGCUGUGGAUGGAUCAUGACACACUUCUUCCUCUUCCGUCUCAUCUCCGAUGUGACACCUGGGAGGUCUGAGCCCUGGAAUCUGAUUUAAAACCAAAUCUCUGAAUGCCUGUCUUGUGUUCAGAUGUUUCCUCUGCAAAUAUUAUAUGUGUCGGUUUGGUUUUUAAGGUUUUCUGCUUCACUGUAUGAGCUCUGAAUAAAUUCACUUUUUGCAUCA